GCACACAAACACACCGUAUGUUUGUGUGUCAGCCCUCGUGUUCGCCAAUUGUCGCCAUUUUUGCCGACUCUUCGACCGAUUAAUCCAUUCAUUGGCCAUCUAUUGGUGACAAUCAGUGCACAAACACUGCUCAAAGCGUGUCCCACACCACCCACUGUCCACACAUUGACACUCAUCUGCAUCUGAAGUGCACAACGCGUGUAAUCCACUGAAUCCGUGCCGAAGAGUAUGCCGCCGAAGAAGGACUCGAAGGACGAGAAGACCAUCCUUUUGGGCCGCAUAUCGACGAACCUGAGAGUGGGGAUCGUCGGCGUGCCUAACGUCGGGAAGUCCACGUUUUUCAAUGUCUUGACAUCGAGUGAGGCCUCCGCAGAGAACUUCCCCUUCUGUACAAUAGAUCCAAAUGAAAAUAAGUAUACUUUCUAUCCAUUCCUCCGUUGUGUCUGUGGUCUAGCCAUGAGAACAGACACUCUUAUCGCUGUACGUCGAGUCCCAGUCCCGGAUUCCCGAUUUGAUUUCCUGUGCAAAUACUUCGAGCCUCUCAGCAAAGUGCCCGCAUUUCUCAAUGUGGUCGACAUCGCCGGUCUGGUGAAGGGCGCCAGUGAGGGACAGGGACUCGGGAAUGCCUUUCUCUCGCACAUCAAGGCUUGCGACGCCGUCUUUCAUCUCUGCAGGGCCUUCGAGGACGACAACGUGAUACACGUGGAGGGAGACGUGAAUCCUGUCAGAGAUAUUGAGAUUAUAAACGAAGAGUUGAGACUCAAAGACGAGGAACAGCUGAUGGCUGUCGUCGACAAACUCGGAAAGACUGUUCUCAGGGGAGACAAGAAAGACAAACCCGAAUACGACAUUUUAAUGAAAAUAAAGCAGUUAUUAGUCGAUGAGAAGAAACACAUCCGAUUCGGGGAAUGGAAUGGCGCGGAGAUUGAAAUCCUAAACAAACACUUGUUUUUGACAUCAAAGCCAAUGAUUUAUUUGAUAAAUUUGUCGGAAAAGGACUUCAUUCGCAAAAAGAACAAGUGGUCUGUCUUUAGUUAUCAAUGCAUUCAUGGGGGCUUUGAGACCAUCUGUGCCUCCAUUGCCUCCAUUCGGCUCAUCAAAAUGAAGCAAUGGAUAGACACUAACGAUUCGGGCGCUGCUGUCAUACUGUUCAGCGGGAUCCUUGAAAACAAUUUGGUUUCCAUGAGUCCAGAAGAUAGACAACGCUUUUUAGAUGAAAAUAAGACUCAAAGUGCAUUAGACAGAAUCAUAACAACGGGUUAUAAAGCACUGCAGCUUCAGUACUUCUUCACUGCUGGCAAGGAUGAGGUGAAGGCCUGGACUAUACAAAAAGGCACGAAAGCCCCACAAGCGGCCGGACGUAUACACACGGACUUCGAGAAGGGAUUCAUUAUGGCUGAGGUCAUGAAGUUCGAGGACUUCAAGGAGGAGGGCUCGGAGAACGCCUGCAAGAGCGCCGGCAAAUACAGACAACAGGGAAAGACCUACACUGUAGAGGACGGAGACAUUAUUCUAUUCAAAUUCAAUGCCGGCGCCGGACUACAGGCCAAGAAGAAGUAGUCAUACUUACGACCACUUUAUUUAUAUUCAAUUCAAUGUUGAUUUGACUAACUCUUGAUUGCAUGCAUCAA